AUGCCUCAAAUAAUGAUUGAGGCAUUUGCGAAAAGUCUAAUUAAUAAGAUAAUGGAGGAAGCUUUCAACAUUAUGGACGAUGACAAUGGUAAACUAAUUAUUACUAACGAAGAUGAAUUAACUAAUAUUGAAACGCAGUCGACGACGAAUAUGCACGAUCACUCGUGCACUGGUCUCAUCGAACACGAAACCGUGGAACGUAUUGAAAUGAUGGUACGUGGAUUGCGUAACUUGCGCAUUGGAGAUUCUCCUUCUGUGCCAUCUCUUUUGACUGAUUUAGAGAAGCAGGUAAAGCACGUUGCACACAAUAUCGACUGCAGUAUUUCAACAACGGAACGAACCAAGACCGCAGAAAUACCAAUCAUUCAGGGGCAAGGUGACGUGAACCAAAUAACGCAUAAUGCAAUUAUCGAAACCCCAUCGGAACCGACGUGUACUCCAAACGUCGGAGAAAAUUGCGAAUCAAACGACGUAGCUAGAAUAUCUGGUACCGUGUUGCAUCGAAUGAUAGAAGAACUGGAAACGCAAGAGGAAGCCGGUGUCGCGGAAGAAAUCGAAUCCGAGUCGAUUAAUACGGAAGCUGUUGCGUCUGCAAACGAAGUGAACGAAGGAAACCAAAGUACCACCGAUCUCCCAUCAACAAGUAACUUCAAGAACAACGAUACCUCCGAUUUCGUUCAUGAAGAGUUAGCAUCGUUGUCCCUUGCGCAUUCGACGCCAUUUACAAACACGUACUUGGAGGAUGUAGCCAUAGAAGAAAUAGCACUCUCGUCUCUAUCAGCCCACGCUGUUUCCUCGCCAGAUAUCGCGUGCGAAAAAAACAAAAGAAUUUCCAGCACGAAACCCGAAAAGUUGAGGAAGAAAGGUAUAUUCAGCAGAAUGCGGAAAAUCUUGCGGACCAUUUUCGGUCGUCGAAAGAACUGA